AUGGCUGAUCACAAAUAUAUCUUUUAUGGAACGAUAAUAGAUACACCCAACCCAUUAACAUUACGAAUUAGACAAGAACAUGUUUGUGUUGUAAACAAUGGCAAAAUUGAAAUUAUUGAAGCAUCGACGAAUCAAAAUCUUGACGAAUAUCAAGGCUACGUGUUUAUCAAACUAAGUAAAAGUCAAUUUAUCUGUCCAGGAUUUAUUGACUUACAUUGUCAUGCCCCUCAGUAUCGACAAGUAGGAAGUGCAACAGAAGUUCCUCUUCUUAAAUGGCUUCAGAAAUUUAUUUUUCCAAACGAAGCUCGAUGUUCUGAUACUUCGUAUGCACGUGAUCUUUAUACAAAACUGGUCACUAGAUUAUUACGCAAUGGUACGACAACAGUUCAAUAUUUUGCGACGAUACAUCUUGAAGCAACAAAAAUUCUAGCUGAAAUCUGUCAAGAAAAAGGACAGAGAGCAUACAUCGGCAAAGUAUGCGCAGAUCAAAACUCACCAGAUUUUUAUAUUGAAACGACAGAUGAAAGUGUUCGAAAUACAGAAGAAUUCAUCAAUUAUGUUCAUGAUAUGCAAAAAGGAAGAAACAUAGCUGGAACGAAUGCUUUGAUACACCCUGUCAUUACUCCUAGAUUUAUACCGACCUGUUCGAUAAAUUUACUUUCUCGACUAGGACAAUUAGCGAAGAAAUAUGAUGUUCAUAUCCAAUCUCACAUUGCGGAGACAUCAGAUCAGGUUGCUUUCGUACAUUGUCUUUAUCCAGAUAUUGGGAACGGACGUGAUGUAGCCAUAUUUCGUGAAACAGGUCUUUUAACGAACAAAGCAGUUUUUGCUCAUGGCAUCUAUUUGGCAGAUAACGAGAUCGAUGAAAUGGUUACUAGCGGAAGUGCAGUAGCCAGUUGUCCGAUUUCAAACUUUCUUUUUUCCAAAGGAAUUACGGCAAUAGAACAUCUUAUUGGAAAAGGAUUGACCGUCGGUUUAGGAACGGAUGUUGGAGGAGCAUAUUCAAGUAACAUGCUUCCUGUCGUUCGAGCUGCAGUUUUUGGACAUAGAACAAUGGAUUUUGUCUCGUUUGAUCGUUCAAAUGCUAUAUUACCGAUUUUUCCUGAACAUAAAGAUCCUGUUAUUGAUUUUAAAUUUGCUUUCUAUUUGGCUACUCUUGGAGGUGCACAUAGUUUGAAUAUUAAUUCACAAAUUGGAAGUUUUGAAGUGGGAAAGCAAUUUGAUGCAUUACUUAUCGACUGUAACAGGGAGGAUCAAGCAUUUGAUUAUUGGAAAGACGAUGAAAUGGAUAUUAUAUUUGAGAAAUGGAUUAAUGCAGGAGACGAUAGAAAUAUUACUGGAAUUUGGGUACAAGGGAUAAAACUAUGA